AUGGCACAAAGAAAAAAACCUGCCAAAAAGUCAACAAUCAAAAGUCCAGCCAGACUGUCAAAGACUGCAGUCACAGUGCCCAUUGAUGAGAGCGAGGAACCACUAGAGUUCCCAGAAUCACCUGCAUCCUCCAAUUAUGACAGUAAGAGGGUAGGGCAUCUCUCCGAGGCUCACUGGUCUGCCAAAAACCUGGUAGAACUUGAUGACAAGGUGGAACUUGAUGAAUUGGAGCCCGAGCCUGAAGAGGAGAGUGACAACUCAGUAGAUAUUGUUGAAAUGGAUGGCAUUGCCUCAGUCGCAAAAUUUGAAUGGAAAUUUGAAAACCAGGCCCAGGGUGCUCCACGCAAGAAGAUAGCUGACGAGGCAGGUUAUGAGGCACUUCUUGAUGCUGUCAAGGUGAAGAAAGUGAGCAAGAACAUUGUUGUAUGGUUAUACACCCUGAAGCCUGCUAAAGAUGAACAAGAUUGGGAUACAGGAGAUCCAGACUAUGUUGAGCGUCCAUUCAACUUUGACGAAGAAGCUGGUGCAACAUGCACUACAAAGGCACUGAUUGAUGACAUGUCCACCAAACAAAGGAUGGCAGUGACCGAACUUGAAUCACUGUAUCCAGUCAGCAGAUAUACAUUGUUUCCAAAUAAGCGUGUUUGGCAUGACAAGAGGAUGGACACAUAUUUCGAGCUGACUGAGUUACAUAUGAAGGUUUGGGCAAAUUCAAUUGCCGCAGGAAGAGCUGACAAAUCAGCGCCUCCAACAAUGAGCCACUUCACCAACAAACUGAAGGUGCCACGUCCCCCACCAGAAGCACCUAUUUCGACAUUUGGCGACUUUUAUCACCACCGUCAACGUGAUCAAGCCUUCAAGGACCAGGAAUCAGCUCCUCCUCUACCUCUGCAUGGUCAAUCCAUUCCUCCACAUCCACAUGGUCAACCCAUUCCUCCAUUUCAAGGGGCCCAUGUUCCAGGCCCUCCACAUCAAUUCUAUCAUCCAGCUCAAUAUAUGCAGCCACCAAUCUUUGGUGGAUAUCCUUACCCACCACCUUAUUAUCCAGUCAUGCAGGGUCAUGGCCAACCCCAAGCAACUGGGCAACCUAUGGGCGAGAUAUCCUCAGCAUCUUCAUCACCCAGCAUAACAACUUCUCACGAUGUAUCCCUGUCAGAGUUUUGUACCAAGUAUUGUAUUUCUGAUAGCGAUCAGGUGAAGCUCGCAGCUCUGGAAUACCAACCUGGAAACAGAGUAGUUGAGACACUGGAUGAUAGAGAAUGGUGA